AUGGCUCCCAACUUAAGAAGAUUGGCAAAAGGUGAGCGUUUCUGUCGAGAUUCUUUGCGCAAUCUGGCCCAUCUGGUUGACGAGUACCAAGAUAAGAGGGACAGUGUUAUGCUUGAGGGGUGGAAGGAGCACUUAGAAGAGAUCUUUGAAGAUUAUAAAGACACUCGAUUGCAAUUGGAGGUAUCAGAUGACUUUCAAAAUGAUUUAAAGCAAAAACUGGAGGCAGACGCACUAAAACAAUCGCAAACGGGAGCUGAAGUUCAACCUCAAUCGAUUGAACAAGUAAAUCGAGAGGCACGGGCUUCAUUCGAAUCCACUUAUUUAAGACUAAAGGGAUUCAUUUUGUCCAAAAUUCGUGCAAAGCGAGAGGCACCCAGGGAAUUGGCACCUGUUCCGGUUCAACAAAUGCGGGUCAAGCUGCCGGAGAUCAAACUGCCCACUUUCGAUGGCACUAUUAAAGAGUGGCCUUCCUUUCGGGAUUCUUUUCAGUCACUAAUUGCUUCGAACAUGCAACUCAGUGACGUGGAUAAGUUUUCUUAUCUCCUUUCAUCCCUCUCGAAGGAGGCAAAGCGUGUAGUCGAGGUGAUAGAAGUGACCUCCGACAAUUAUGCGGUGGCGUGGGAACUUCUUGAAAAGCGUUAUGAAAAUAAAUAUCUAAUCGUAAAGUCGUAUGUCGAAGCGCUUUUCACAGCUGAUCCAAUUAAAGAGAGUGUCACGAGUCUUUGA